AUGAGUCAAAACACCACGAGCCCAAUCGUCCAAAAGCGAUGUUUAUUAUGGGACUGGACAAACACGCGCGACCGGCCAACCGCCAUCAACCAACUCUUCAAUGACUCCGGCGAAACACAGACUCCAGAAAAUACAUUGCCAUUCAAGUCGGUGCAUAACUGGAACGCAUGGUACCCGCCGGAGUUGAAGGGUCGGCUCCCUUUGCGGCCCAUGAUUCGCACACGUGCGCAGAUCGACACGGAAGAGUGGGAUUGGAUCCGUGACUCGGACGCGGAGAUGGUGCAUUACCUCAACGAACCAGAACGGCAAGGAAUCUCGCCUGAAGACGCCGCUGACUGGUGGCUGAAGAAGGUUGUCCCGGAGUUGCGGGACAAACGUGGGAAGAAACUUGUCGGACCUGCUUGCGCGAGUGACGAGGCGGGAGACAAGUGGCUUGCCACGUUCAUGGACCUCGUGGGAAAUUCAGGCAACGGGAAUCCAGACUUUCUUGGUGUCCACUACUACAGCGGUGAUUUGGAACAUGCAAAACGGUACAUCACCUCUAUGCACGAGAAGUACUGCCUCCCACUCAAUGUUUCCGAGAUCGCGUCCAUUAGCCGCGACGGAAAAGAGGUUGAGAGGUUCACAGAGAAGCUGAGCGAAUGGAUGGAUGCACAAGAAUGGAUCGAUGAGUACGGCUGGUUCGGGUGCAUGGCACACUGCGCCGACGAUUUUGUCAGCCCAGCGGCGCAGUUGAUGGAUGAUAAAGGCCAGUUUACGCCACUCAUGAGGCUCCUGAUGAAGACGUAA